CACAGGUAAAUCGAUGACCAGAAAGAUUGUAUUUUGUGAAAUUUCGCAAGGAAAAUUCGUUAAAUCUCAAUAAAAAGCGAUUGCAUUGUGCUGUGCGGCGCGUGCGGUGAGCCAAAGGCAGUGGAAACUGCACAUUUCCACCACCGCCCGUGAGUUGGAGGCGUGGCAGUGCUAGACCGGCGAACAGAAAGCCCCAAAAAAACCGCCAUGUCAAAAAGUUCCGGGCGCGACCGGGAGAGGGAGAGGGAAAGGGAGCGGGAGAGGGACCGGGAUCGAGAUCGGGAGCGGGACAGAGAUCGGGAGCGGGAGCGGGACAACCGGCACGAUAGUCGCAGUCGCGACUAUGACAUGGGCAAGUCCAGGAAUGGCGGCGGCGGCGGAGGAGGAGGCGGUGGCUCCCGGAGUGCCCGGGAUGACCGGAAGCGCGGCAAGGACAUGGCCAGCGAUCGCGGAAGACGCGAUGACAAGCGGCGGAAGCGUUCCAGGUCCAAGGACUACGACAAGGACAAUUCCCCCUACUACAGACGCGCGGACAAGGAGCGCGACCGUGACCGGGAUCGCGAUCGCCAGCGGGAGAAGGACAGGGAGCGCGAAAAGGAGAAGGAGCGCGAACGGGACAAGGAUCGCGAACGCGAUCGCCAGCGGGAAAGGGAAUCGGACGGCAGAAGGGCCGCGGCAGCCGCUCCUUUGGUCAUUCCCGUGCCCUCGACCAGCUCCUCCGACGAGGAGGUGGAGGAGAUCGACAAGGAGGAGCAGCAGCGUCGCCUCGAGCAGGAGAUGAUCAAGCGGCGCGAGCGCAUCGAGCGUUGGCGGGCGGAACGCAAGCGGGAUACCAAAACGGCGGCCGUUGUGGCGCCGGCUGUGGUCAAGUCCGCCAAGAAAUGGAGCCUGGAGGAUGAGUCCGAGGAGGAUGACAGCAAUCCGGCGCCGCCGCUCGAAGUGGGCAAGAAGGAGGCCGACGAGCCCGAUUCGCCGCCCUCCAAGUUCCACAGCAUACGCAAGCGCUUCGACGACGACCUGGUCGAGUCGAAGUUCUCGCCGGUGAAGCGACCCACCUUUAGCAAGUCUUUCGGCGCCAAGCUGGGCAUUGGCCUGGCGCCCAAAAGCGAGGCGGAGAUCAAGAAGGAGCCACCGCCGCCGGUGGAGCCCAAGAAGGAGAUCAAAAAGGAGCCAUCACCCAUCAAAAUGGAGAUUGUCGAGGAGCAGCCCACCGCCGUCGUCGUUGUCGCAGCAGCCCCCAAAGAGGAGGAGAAGCAGGAGGUCAAAGUAGAAGCACCAGCACCUGAAGAGAAACCGCAGCAACCAGAGGCAGAGCCCGAAGACGACAUCGAUCCACUGGAUGCCUACAUGCAGGAGGUCAACAAUGAAAUGCGACGCGUGAACAACUUCGUCAAUCCGCCCACCAAAGCCCAGGGCGUCGUGAUCCUUACGGGGGUGGCCAAAAAGAAGACGACGACGCUGAAGAAGGGCGAGCUGAUCGAACAGAAUAUGGACAGUUUGGAGUACUCGAGCGAGGACGAGCUGGAGGAUAUACGCGACACGGCCGUCAAUCUGGCGAUGAAGCAUCGCAAGGAGCUGGCCAAGAUUGAUCAUUCCUCGGUGACCUAUGCUCCCUUCCGCAAGAACUUCUACGUGGAGGUGCCCGAGCUGACGCGCAUGACGCCCGGCGAUGUGGAGAAGUAUCGCGCCGAACUGGAGGGCGUUCAGGUGAAGGGCAAGGGCUGUCCGAAGCCCAUCAAGACCUGGGCCCAGUGCGGCGUCAGCAAGAAGGAAAUGGACGUGCUGCGGCGGCUGGGCUUCGAGAAGCCCACGCCCAUCCAGUGCCAGGCCAUACCGGCCAUCAUGUCCGGACGGGAUCUGAUAGGUAUUGCUAAAACCGGCAGUGGCAAGACGUUGGCAUUCAUUUUACCAAUGUUUAGGCACAUCCUGGACCAGCCGAGCCUGGAGGAUGGCGACGGGGCCAUCGCCAUCAUAAUGGCGCCCACGCGCGAACUCUGCAUGCAGAUCGGCAAGGACAUACGCAAGUUUAGCAAAUCCCUAGGACUGCGGCCAGUUUGCGUUUACGGCGGCACUGGGAUCUCCGAGCAGAUAGCCGAACUGAAGCGUGGAGCCGAGAUCAUUGUUUGCACACCGGGUCGCAUGAUCGAUAUGCUGGCGGCGAACUCGGGACGAGUGACGAACCUGCGACGCGUCACCUACGUUGUGCUGGACGAAGCCGAUCGCAUGUUCGACAUGGGCUUCGAGCCGCAAGUGAUGCGGAUCAUCGACAAUGUGCGCCCGGAUCGACAAACGGUCAUGUUUAGCGCUACGUUUCCGCGACAAAUGGAGGCACUGGCGCGACGCAUCCUGAAGAAGCCCAUCGAGGUGAUCGUCGGCGGCCGUUCGGUGGUCUGCAAGGAUGUCGAACAGAAUGUCGUCAUUCUCAACGACGAUGCCAAGUUCUUCAAGCUGCUGGAACUGCUGGGCAUCUACCAGGAGGCCGGCAGCAUUAUUGUGUUUGUCGACAAGCAGGAGAACGCCGACAUCCUGCUGCGCGACCUCAUGAAGGCCUCGUAUCCCUGCAUGAGCCUGCACGGCGGCAUCGAUCAGUUCGAUCGCGACUCCACCAUCAUCGACUUCAAGUCGGGCAAGGUGCGGCUCCUGAUCGCCACCUCGGUGGCGGCACGAGGCCUCGACGUUAAGGAUCUCAUACUGGUGGUCAACUACGAUGUGCCCAAUCACUACGAGGACUAUGUGCACAGAUGCGGUCGCACCGGUCGAGCGGGCAAAAAGGGUAGCGCCUACACGUUUAUUACCCCCGAACAAUCGCGCUAUGCUGGCGAUAUUAUACGCGCCUUGGACCUCUCCGGCACCCUGAUUCCCGGCGAGCUGCAGACGCUGUGGACCGAAUACAAGGCCGCCCAGGAGGCCGAGGGCAAGACGGUGCACACGGGCGGCGGCUUCAGCGGCAAGGGCUUCAAGUUCGACGAGCAGGAGUUCAAUGCCGUCAAGGAGAGCAAGAAGCUGCAGAAGGCUGCUCUGGGACUGGCCGAUUCCGACGACGAGGAGGAUAUCGAACAGGAUAUCGACCAGCAGAUUGAGCAAAUCUUUGCGGCCAAGCGUACGGUUAAGGAUACCUCGGCUGCGGCCACGGCUGCUGCGGCUUCGGCUGCUGCUGCGGCUGCUGCUGCUGCCGCCGCCGUUUCGGGCGGAAAUCCAGCACUCGCCUCGGCAGCGGCUCAAGCGGCGGCAGCUGCUGCGGCUGCCAAUUUGGCCAUUGCAGCGGCCUCCGCUUCAGGGGUCGGAGGGGUUAAUGUACAAAACGCUGCUGCUGCUGGCGGAGGAGUAGGAGGAGCACUCAGCUCCGAUAAACUGGAGCUGGCCAAGCGGCUGGCCUCGAAGAUCAACAGCAGCAAGAACCUGGACACCAAGGGCAGCGGCGUGGUGGUUGUGGAACCGAUGCUCAAGGGACCGCCGGGCAUCACCGCCGCCGGCGCUGCACCGCUUUUAACCGCGCGAACGGUGGCCGAGCAGAUGGCCGCCAAGCUGAACAACAAGCUCAACUACCAGCCCAAGGAGGAUGAGGAGGGCCUGGGACCGCUGAUGGGCGGCACGACCAAUUCGUUUACCAAAUACGAGGAGGAGCUGGAGAUCAAUGAUUUCCCGCAGCAGGCGCGCUGGAAGGUCACCUCCAAGGAGGCGCUCGCCCAGAUCUCCGAGUACUCGGAGGCGGGUCUCACCGUGCGCGGCACGUAUGUGCCGCAGGGCAAGAAUCCGCCGGAUGGCGAAAGGAAGCUCUACCUGGCCAUCGAAAGCUGCAGCGAGCUGGCCGUCCAGAAGGCCAAGCGCGAGAUCACGCGACUCAUCAAGGAGGAGCUGCUGAAGCUCAGUUCCGCUCAUCACGUCUUUAACAAGGGACGCUACAAGGUGGUCUAGACCCGGGAUUCCUUUGUAAGCCGCCCGCUAUGAUAAGAUAAGUGAACUGUUCCUUGAGGAGUGAGGAAAUUCCCAAGCGGAUUUAUCCCAAUAAAUUUAUUGGAUACA